AUGAGUUCCCACGAACCGACACCGCCGUCGGACCAACCCUCCGCCAAGCGGCGCAAGCUCCGCAAAGGCACCAGUAGCUGCUGGGAAUGUAAGCGGCGAAAGACCCGGUGUACGUUUGCUUCGGCGCAGGAUGCCGUGUGCGUCGGAUGUCAGGGUCGGGGCAUUACUUGCGUCAGUCAGGAGUUUCCCGAGAAGGUGGCGCCGAGUAGUCGGGGUCGGCAGAUGGGGAACCGGAUCGAGCGUGUCGAGGCGCUGAUUGAUCGGUUGGUUAGGAAUAGGCCCGGGAGUGAGGCUGUGGUGGUAGGUGACGAUGCAGGUGAGCGGUGCGAUGGUGAGAAUGAGGGUCCGACGGCUUUUUCGAGGGAUGAUGAGCCAGGGACGGUGUUGGCGUUGAUUGAUGGGACGGCGGAAACAUCCAAUGGCGGACAAGAUGAUAGGGCUUCAGUUGCCCAUGAGCCCCAGGCAUCAGGGAGGCCAGGACCCUCUGUCACGUCUAGAUAUGCGAAACUUUCGCAGACCCUCUACGAUGCACUCCCGUCAAGAAAGGGCCUAGAUAUCUUAUGCAAAGCGGGAGCGCAUGUAUCAAUCCAUUUUCACCUGGUGAUGAUGACACCAUACACCGAAAUGGAAAAGAAGGGCCUCGACUCCUCCGGGGCACUCCUGGACGUCCCACCGCCCGAUACACAUCCGGUGCUACUAGCCCAUUACAUGUUUCGCAUUGCGACUGUUCUACAGUACCUCGAUCCGGAGUCGCAUGGACAGCUUCGGGAAAUGUCCGAAUCGCCCCGGGCUAUGAUGAGCAGGCUGGCAGAUACGGCCAUCAGCUUGGUCACAACGCACGACGAGCUACUAGGAACAGUUGAAGGGCUGGAGGCCGUAAUGAUGGAGGGAAUUUAUCAGGCAAAUUGUGGAAACCUACGACGCGCCUGGAUCGCAUUCCGUCGCGCCAUGGGCCUAGCCCAACUGAUGGGUAUGCAUCGGGUGAAAUGCCCGCCGCUUAGGGUCAUUGAUCCACAGACACAUCGGAAGUUCAACGCGCAGCUCCUCUGGUACCGAAUCGUCUACACUGACCGCUUCUUCUGUCUGAUGAUGGGGCUUCCACAGGGCUCUCUGGACCGGAGUAUGGCAUCCGAGGCAGCCCUCGCGAACGACACGCCUAUCGGUCGCCUAGAACGAAUUCAUUGCACGAUUGCAUCUCGCAUUCUUGAGCGAAAUGACUCUGAUCCGGGGGCGUAUAGCUUCGCCAAGACCCAGGAGAUUGAUCAUCAGUUACAGGAAGCGGCCAAAACCAUGCCCAGCAAAUGGUGGCUGGCACCUAACCUGGCCGCUGCUGCGUCAGCCGCCGGAACUGAUAAUCAAGCCGUGUUUUGGGAAAUGCUGCGACUGGUGAACCAACUUUACCACUUCAAUCUGCUCAAUCAGCUCCACCUCCCAUUUAUGCUGCGCUUCACUGCUGCCGAACGACGCCUUGAUUACUCACAGGCAACGUGCGUUAACGCCUCGCGUGAAGUACUGUCGCGGUUUAUCACUUUCCGCUGUUUUAAUCGUGUAGCUUACUGCUGUCGAGCCGUGGAUUUCUUCGCGCUGACAGCUGCAUUGAUACUUCUUCUCGCGCAUCUAGACGGGCACAGGAGACGCCAUGCUCCGCAGGCCGGAGACUCCCAGAACCCCAACGGUAAUAGCAGUAAGGGUGACCUGAACUUCUUAGCUCAUCAACGUCUCAGUGAUCGCGCCAUGAUGGAGCAGGUCGUUGAGAAUAUGGAUCAAAUCGGCCGGGUGAGCAUGGAUGCCGUCAGCGAGAGAAGCGCCGGCCUGCUACGUCGACUUCUCGCAAUGGAAGCAGACGCAGCCGGUGGAAGGCCUUACAGCACACAGAGCGAGUGUAUCUCCGAGGCACUCACGGAGGAACAGGACGAAGUAGAUGUCGUCCGUAUCUGUAUUCCAUACUUUGGGACUGUACGAGUGGCGCGGGAGGGUGUCAUUUCGAAAGAAACACCGCCUGGGAUGUGGACACCGGCGACCGAUUCGGCGAUAGAUGCUGGUCAUACGUCACAACAGGAGGCCGGAGGAAAUCUCGACACCCUAGUGUCUACGCCGAAUACGCCGGAAAUACAAGCCCAAUACCAGACAUUUGAUGGCAUUGCGCCGCAGCAACCGCUCCCUGCCUAUGCGCCACAACAACGCCUGGUCAAUGACUUGUAUCCCGGAAUGACAGCCGGAGCGGAUGACUGGGCCUUUCAGGGCGUCGACAUGGCGUUCUUCGAUAGUUUGAUGCAGGGAUCUAUGCGAGAUAUUCCAGACUGGGGACAUGAAACUAUGCUCAGUUAG